AGCAAUUAGCUGCUGCUGUUAGCUGCACAUUUAAACCCUAAAUAGCUGCCGUUUAUAUACGGUUAUCUGCUUCAGAAAUGGCCUGUUUCGGUUAGCCAUCCCGACCUAAUUACACUCACUUCUCUUGUUUCAACUUCAGGCUUCCCGGACACUUUGUCGGCUUGUUUUCUUUUUAAAUCACAAUGUUUACUAGCGUUGCUCUUCGGGCUCAGCUUGCCUCCAUAAUCGAUGUCUUGUCCAAAGCAGCCGUGGCAGAGAUCUCCAAAGUGGUGGAGGAUGACAUGGUGGUGGUGAGGCUGGAAAUGUGUCAGCGGGAAAAUGAGAUCAAGAAGCUGAAGAGCAACAUCCAGGUUCUGCACAGCGAGCUGAGGACCAUGCAGGGGUGUGUGACCCAGAGACAUGACACCCUGCAGGGGAGUGUGACCCAGAGACAUGACACCCUGCAGGGGAGUGUGACCCUGAGACCUGACACCCUGAGACAUGACACCCUGAGAGGAGACACCCAGAGAGGAGAGGACAGUCAUCAUAACACUGGUGAUGAGAGGACGUUGCUUGAAGAGGGGAACGCUCAUAAGGACCAGAACAGCCCGUCUUCACCUGAAGUGGUGCAGGUGAAAUGUGAACCAGUAAAUGAAGGAGCUGGAGGACAUCCUGAGCCUCUGAAAGGAGAACCAGCUGUGUUUGAAAGGGACAGUGCACCGUGGAGGCCGACAACACAAACAGGUUGCAACAACUCCGAUUAUUUGAACUCCUUACUGUGUAUCCCCGGAUCUUCUGUGGCGCCCGGCAGCAGCAGCUCGGGGGGGUUUCAGCAGAGCCCGUUCCUCCGCGGGCUGCAGAGUUACGGUCAGUAUCGAAACUCGUUCAACACCAUGAGGAGGAGGACGGGGAAGAGGAUGGUACUCAAGAAAGGCUUCAUCUGCUCGUACUGCGGGAAAAACUUUGAGCGGUCGGGACACCUGGAGAGACACAAGAGGAUUCACACGGGCGAGAAACCGUACCACUGCGAGGUCUGCGGGAGGAGGUUCAACCAGAAGUGCAGCCUGAAGGAGCACAUGAAGAUCCAUAGGAGAUGUAUUCUGCCGACACCAGAGGAGAUCGAUGUGAAGGAACACAAGCAGAUUCCUGUGGUGAACCCAUGUGCUGAUCCUCUUCAAACCAAAGACGAGAUCCAGGUGACAUCUGAAAAUGUCCUACCUAAGAACGAGGACAUUCUCACAACACCUGUCAAAUCUGAGCCUGCAGAGGAGCACACAGCACAAACACUGUUUCUUCAUGGAGGAAACGAGAGGACGAGGGAAGGAGGAGACGACCUCAGUGAGAACUUCUCAGCUUUUGAGAGGGAGAGCCAGCAGUGGAUGUCCAGCAGCGCAGAGAUCAGCAGCUCCGAGUAUCACAGCAUGACUUCCUUCCCAGGGUUAGCUCAGUUACUGCCUCCACCCGUCGAGGCGUCUUGCAGCUCCUUCUCCUUUCCAGGGAAGCCGUAUGGAGAACUCAAGAACAACAUGGUGUCCCAAACACCUUACGCCUCCUCAGACUCGCUCAUGAUUCCAGGGGAAGGAGGGAUGCAUGGAGCCGCGCUGAAUCACCAGAGAGGAAGCCGGCUGUUUCAGGUGAUCAAACCAAAGAAGUGCUUCGUCUGCUCGUACUGCGGGAAGGACUUCGAGCGCGUCGGCCAUCUUGACAGACAUUUACGGAUUCACACCGGGGAGAAGCCGUACGGGUGCCAGAUCUGCGGGAGGUGCUUCAAUCAGAAGAGCAGCCUGAAGGGCCACAUGAAGACGCACAGGAACGGGGAGAGCUCAGACAUGCUGGAGCCACAUCACCUGAUGCUCACGAUGCCUGACAAUCAGCCGCUGAAGAACCUCGCAGAACCGAGAACCGGCCCGGCAGAACCAGAGGAACAAGAGCCGAUCAUCACGUACAGAGAGGCAGCCGGAGAGCAAACUGUGACGGUGAAGCUGGAGCCCAACGGGGAGGAUUAUCACCCUCUGAGUCAGGCAGGCAGUCACAACAGCACCGGAGCAACAGAGCAGAGCCAGCUGUGGACAUCUGGGAUGGAGCAGAGCAGUGAUGAGGAACAAACUGUGUGUGUACUUCUGCGUGACAAGUAUCACCUCAGUCCUGAGCAGCAGGAAUACACUCCACAAAUCAAUGAUCUGCCUUUUCUAGGCGCCAAAGAGAAGGGAGAGAUGAUGCACAAUGAUCAGUAUUCAAUGAUGCAUUCAAGGAACACUAACAUGACUUUAGCUCCAGAGCUGCAGGAUCAACACGUUGAUCAAGAGGCUGUGAGUGAGUACACAGCCGUGAGGGACAGGGCUCAGGAGGGAGGUGUGUUUGAGUUUAAUAUCUCAGAUAACUGUGGCGGAGACACGACCAGACAAAACUGCUUUAUAUGCUCCAGCUGUGGGCAGAGCUUUGAUAGUUUCAGUCUGUUUCAGAGACACCCGUGUCAAAGUGCCACAGAGCAACCCUUCAGCUGCAACAUAUGUGGUAAAGUUUUCAAUCAGAUGAGCGUCCUGAAACUGCACCUGAAACUACAUGUAGAAUAACUUAUAGUGUACACAACAAGCUUCAUCACAUUCAUACGUAACAAAUGGCACAAAUUAGUAGGGCUGCCCCCGACUAAAGAUUUUUCUAGUUGACCAAUUAUUAAUUAUAAUAUUAAAGAUAUUAUUCAUAUCUGAAUAUCACAACCCAAUGCAAACUGAAAAUAUGAGCGUCGGCAAAAAUCCCUCAUCAUGAAGUGAAAGCUUUAUCGUUUUCUGAGGUCAAUGAUUAUAUAAAUAGGUCUAUAUAUUAUGUUGAUAUACAAACAACUAUCAUUUAAAAAGGACAGUAUGAUGUGUGCCUACUUUUUUCUACAUGGUAAUGAAAUCCCUAACCCGUCCACUGCACUGUUACUCUUUUUAUUGAAGUUUAAAGAGUGUUUACCGAUCAAUAUUUGUCAAUCCGACUGCCAAUUGUAUGAUUUCUGUAUCACUCAAGCACAUUAUACAGGCUGUUAGAACACGUUUGAAAAGAUAAAUAUGUAAUGUAUUUUUUGUUAUACAUUUCAAUCGAAGUGUGGAGUCUGGCACUCUAGUUAUUUUGAUGUUGAGCAGUGGAAAUAAAGGA